AUGGCGUCGAUGUUUGUUACCUCUUUAGAUGGAGAUAUAGGAGAGUGUGAGAUCCAGACUUCCGAGUCUACUUUCCGGCGUCAGCGUGCAACCGACAUGGAGCGGCUCGACAUGGGAUACCUACAGGUGUGGCUAUAUGCAAUGCGACAUUAUCCGUUGAUGCCUCCGGACGCAAAGAAUGAUGAUGACCUGCUAGCUAAGCCAGCGCGUGCCAAAGCCGAUGAAAGAGCGAUCUACGAGAUGGCCGGACUUGCUCGCCGGCUCGGAUUCAAGUCUCCAGAAAUCGAUGUUUUGGUAGAUGGCUCCCCCGACCAUCAGAUUGCACGGGCAGCUCUGCUGCAGGCCAGGAAACCUAAUCGGUUCCGAUACGACACCCGACAGUUCGAUAUCCUGGUGAACCGAAUUGCCGAGUGCUUCGCAAUGGCGGCGCCCUACGAACCUGAUAUAGGACAUGACCUUCUUGCAGAGAGCACCAUGAAGCCCCGGGCUCGCUGCGGGAUGCCACGAACGCGAACCCACAAGCAAGAUAGCCCUUUGCUCUUCCUGGACCGUUUGCAUGCCGACGACGUUGGGGCCACUGACACGAUCACUAGCUUUUAUGUCCGCCGCUGUGUCUAUUUCUCCUUCUUCGGAAGAUCUGCACGACCUGGACACACUGGCAGCGACCGGGCCGGAGAGUCUCCCGGGUAUAUUCCCCGGUCGCCGUUAUUCGUCGGAGAAGAUGGUCUAUCUGGCGACCAUGGAUCCGCUCUGCAAGUGGCUUUACCAAGGGAGUCACCUCAACAAGAACAAGAACAGCCACAGGGGCAAGCGGCCCGACGGGAUGAGGAGCAACGUUCUCUGCGCCGCCAGCAGGUACCGAGAGCUGAAAGAAAACGGGACAUUGUGAACCGACGACGGACGCGGAAGGCUCAGAUACGCAGGCGUCAGUUGCGUCCAACGGGAGAAGGGAACGACGAUUCCGAGGAGUACGACCCCAUGGAGUUGGAGUAUCUGAGCAUGGAGCCCUCGGAUCAGGAUAUGUCCGACUGUUCAUCCCAGGAACUCCCUGACGAAGGCCCACAAGACGAAUCAACGCAGUCCAAUCCAGCAACCGCCCUCACGCUGCACUCCACACAUGGCCCUGCCGUCCUGGAAGAAGCAGAUACCCAUAGCCAUUGCACGAGAAUUUCACUUGAGGCAACCCCGCUUGAGCAGGACUCAGAAGACAAAUCAACAGUAGAGGGUCCACCUCAGGACGAUGGUCUUGAGGAUCAGGCGCGUAUUGAUCAUCCAUCACAGCCACAGUCCACGGAAAUUGAGGACGGCAAUUCUUCAAGUGUUGGCGGCUCUGGUGGGCAACAACCGGUCUUGGAUGAAUACCUUGACCAACUGAUGAGGGCCCAGGAAGAACAGGAAAGGUUGGAGGAGGAGUUAGAACGUGAGCGACUCGAGGAAGAGCUUGGUCUUUCUCACCAGGAGCAGCCAGUUCUGGAACCGUCACCUAGACCUCCAGAAAGGCAGAAUUCACCGCCGACGCCCCCUGACGACCAACCGGCGGAUGUGACGCAUAAUAGGAACCCAGAUGUAGCACAGGCUGUUGUUCCAGAAUCGUCUCAAGACCCAUCGCCAGCUUCUCACCAUGAAGAACAGCCGGAGCCCCCAGUGGAGAAUCUCGAACAUGUAGCACCUACUACCCAGGAUGAUGCCAGCCACCCCCUUGGUCAGGGUCCUCCCGCAGAUGAUGCUGGGCCUCCAGCCCCGGUGGAGGCACCAAAACCACCAGCUUUUGUUGAGAUUUGCUUCUGGCGGUUUGAACGAGAGGAAUGGAAGCGGUCCGACCGCCUCCGAGUGGAUCCUUCCGAUCCAUCGCCGGUGGAACGAAUUGCAAGAAAGUAUUCAUGGAAGAACUAUUCGCUGUAUGAUCGGAAUCUACAAAGCCUCAGCCCCGCCCAAUGUUAUCGCGCAGCCACUGUCGACGGCAAUAAUGCCAUAUUCCUGAUCUCUGAGCAUGAAGAGCAGAGGCUCGCAGCCGAAGGCCGGCUCACCAAGGACAAGCAGCUUCUAUCGUUGGUCUCUCGAGUGCUAGAUCGGGCCGAACUCGAACCGAAGUCUCCCACCAAACGUCACCGUUCUAUGUCGCUCGGGAAAAUGUGA